GGCACCGAGUCGUCUGGCAAGACAGUGGGGCUCCGAGUCAACAGGCACGACAGUGGGCACGCCGGGUCAUCAGGUAUCGGAUUGUCUGGCUCGACAGCGGGCAUCGGGUCACCAGGUAUGACAGCGGGCACUGGGUCACCAGGCAUCAGGUCAUUGGGCUUGCCAGCGGGCACCGCGUCAUCUGGCAAGGCAGUGGGCACCGGGUCACCAGGUACCGGAUCAUCUGGAUCAACAGCGGGCAUCGAGUCAACUGGCCUGAAUAGGAUCGUCGGGCUGGAUCAGUUCAUCAGGCUGAGUGAGCGGCAUCAGGCUGAAUGCAGGCUU